UCUCAUGUGGCUGAUGCAAACCUGGAGAAUUUGCAUCAUCAUGCAGCCCAGUAAGUUGGUGUGACAGGCGGUAGCAUAAAUAGGAGCCCACGAGGAAGCUGAGCUGGUGUGUAAUGAUAGGGCAGCAGCCGCGGCUGCAGCUAACUGACUGCCCCUGGAGCCGGUGCCACACAGGUGCUCCGAGGAGUACGAGGAGUAAUUAUAUAGCAGCGAGGGCUGAAACACACCUCUGAGUUCUCACCUGUGGACACAAUAGUGCAGAGCCAGUCCUCCGUGAUAGCAAAGGGGAAGCCAAGAGCGACCAGUGAUCUGUCACCUCUAGAGAAACAAGUUCAAGUUGAAAGUUUUUUUUUGUUUUGUUUUCUUUCUCUUCCUCUGUUUUCUUUUUCAUCCCCCACCACCCUCCCCUCCUCUGGUGUGACACUGCCAUGGUCAGAAAGCCAGUUGUGGCCACCAUCUCCAAAGGAGGUUACCUGCAGGGCAAUGUGAGCGGGAGGCUGCCCUCCAUGGGGGACCCAGAGCCACCUGGGCAGGAGAAGGUGGUUCUGAAAAAGAAGAUCACUUUGCUGAGGGGGGUCUCCAUCAUCAUCGGCACCGUCAUCGGAUCGGGCAUCUUCAUCUCCCCCAAGGGCAUACUCCAGAACACGGGCAGCGUGGGCAUGUCACUGGUGUUCUGGUCUGCCUGUGGAGUACUGUCACUUUUUGGAGCCCUGUCUUAUGCUGAAUUGGGAACGAGCAUAAAGAAAUCUGGUGGUCAUUACACAUACAUUCUGGAGGUCUUUGGUCCCUUGCUAGCUUUUGUUCGAGUCUGGGUGGAACUGCUCGUAAUACGCCCCGGAGCUACGGCUGUGAUAUCCCUGGCCUUUGGACGCUACAUUCUAGAACCGUUUUUUAUUCAAUGUGAAAUUCCUGAACUUGCAAUCAAGCUUGUAACAGCUGUGGGCAUCACUGUGGUGAUGGUUCUAAAUAGCACGAGUGUCAGCUGGAGUGCCCGGAUCCAGAUUUUCCUAACCUUUUGCAAGCUCACAGCAAUUCUGAUAAUUAUAGUCCCUGGAGUUAUACAGCUAAUUAAAGGGCAAACACAUCACUUUAAAGAUGCAUUUUCAGGAAGAGAUACAAAUCUAAUGGGGUUGCCCUUGGCUUUUUAUUACGGGAUGUAUGCAUAUGCUGGCUGGUUUUACCUCAACUUUAUUACUGAAGAAGUAGACAACCCUGAAAAAACCAUCCCCCUUGCAAUCUGCAUCUCUAUGGCCAUCAUCACAGUUGGCUAUGUCCUGACAAAUGUGGCCUAUUUUACAACCAUUAGCGCCGAGGAGCUGUUGCAGUCCAGCGCUGUGGCGGUGACCUUCUCUGAGCGGCUGCUGGGAAAAUUCUCAUUAGCAGUUCCGAUCUUUGUUGCCCUCUCCUGCUUCGGCUCCAUGAACGGUGGUGUGUUCGCUGUCUCCAGGUUAUUCUAUGUUGCAUCUCGAGAAGGGCACCUUCCGGAAAUCCUCUCCAUGAUUCAUGUCCACAAGCACACUCCUCUGCCAGCUGUUAUUGUUUUGCAUCCUCUGACAAUGAUAAUGCUCUUCUCCGGAGACCUCUACAGUCUUCUGAAUUUCCUCAGUUUUGCCAGGUGGCUUUUUAUGGGCCUGGCAGUCGCCGGGCUGAUUUAUCUUCGAUACAAACGCCCAGAUAUGCAUCGUCCUUUCAAGGUGCCUCUGUUCAUCCCAGCAUUAUUCUCCUUCACCUGUCUCUUCAUGGUUGUCCUCUCCCUUUACUCGGAUCCAUUUAGCACCGGGGUUGGCUUCCUUAUCACCUUGACUGGGGUCCCGGCGUAUUACCUCUUCAUUGUAUGGGACAAGAAACCCAAGUGGUUCAGACGAUUGUCAGACAGAAUAACCAGAACAUUACAGAUUAUACUAGAAGUUGUACCAGAAGACUCUAAAGAAUUAUGAACUUAAUGCAUCAAAACCUUGGCCAUCUGCCCAGGACUGAGAUACAAAAUGGCUCUUUAUUUCAAGAAAACACAACUUUGAUGAUGGGCUAAAGGAAUUGGUUAUCUCUAUUCAUAGCCUCUAGUGUAUUUGAAUUAAUUUCUGAGCAACUUACCGGUAACUCCAUAUAUUUGUAGCAAGCUAAUAUGCAAGUCAUACAGUGGGGCAAGCUCACAGUUCUUGAGUCUAGUGCCUAUCUGCUGAGGGAAAGGAAAAAGAGAAACCUAAGGGCAUUGGCACCUGGGUAUCAUUCUCUACAACAUUUCUUAUUGUGACUGAGAACCUUGAAUAGAAGACCAAAAUGGUUUCUGUAUAUAUGAGGCCUGUAAACAUAGCUUUACCUACUGGGGACAUCUAUACUGUGAAAAGUAUUUUGUUUUUUAUUUUUCUGAAAAAAAAAAAAGAGUCAUUAUUGUAGCAAAGGAAGCAGAAUGACUUUUACAUUGACCUUGGAUUGUUUUCCCUUAGUGACCAACAUGGCUGUCACUUAUCUUUCAGUGGCUUAUACUCAGAGCAUCAGAACAAACGAUGAUGAGAGAGGAGAGAGAGAGAGAGAGAGAGAGAGAGAGAGAGAGAGAGAGAGAGAGAGAGAGAGAGAGAGAGAGAGAAAGAGAGAGAGAA